UGGAACCUGCAAUGUUUUCGCAGCAACAACCAACGGUCACACUGGCCAACAUAAAAUAAUAAAUUGCACGCAAAAUAAGUGGAGAGCAAUAGUCUGUGAUCGAAUUAGCCCAAUUUAAGCAGCGCAAACCAGCCGAAGGAGCCAAGGAUGAGCAGCCAGCGCGGCAACGUAAGUCGCACACGUGCGCAGAAGCACAAAAAUCGUCAUGUUUUCAAAAACGAUCUGCACGACAAGACGCCGCAGCAAUUGCGCUUGAAUGCGAUGCACGUGUCCACGGUGUGCCAGCGGUGCAAGGAGCAGAUCGAGUGGAAGAUCAAGUACAAGAAGUACAAGCCGCUGACGCAGGCCAAGAUCUGCGCCCACUGCAAGGAGCGGGCGGUGAAGAAGGCCUACCAUGUGGUCUGCCGGGACUGCGCCAUCAAGGCGAACGCCUGCGCCAAGUGCCUGAAGAGCGCCACCGAGGUGGCCAUCGAGGAGCCGCAGCCGACGCCCCGCGAGGAGCAGCAGCUGCAGUCGGAGAUGGACCGGCUGGUCAAGUCGUUUUCGGAGCGCAAGCGACGCGCCUUCCUGCGCUACAUGCGUAAGGGAAAGAAGCAGGAGAAGGACCCCAACGAGGAGCAGCUGGACGAGCAGCAGCUGGAGAGCCAGGAGAAGGCCAAACGGGUGGCGCACACACGCGACGAGCUGCUGGACAAGAUCAAGCAGCUGAAUCUCGCCGCCGAUGGUGACGAGGACGAGGACGAGGAUGACUCGGACUUUGAUUCUGAGUUCGAUUCCGAGGAGGAGGAAGACGACGGCGACGACGACGACAGCGACAGCGAGGAGGAGCCACAGAAACCUGCCACCAAAGCGAAAUAAACCUUACAUUUUAUUCCUUA